AUGCUUCUCGGUGCGCCCAUCCUCGCAUCCUCGAUUCGCCCAGCUGCAGCUCGUUCAGCCCAUCUCGUCUCCUCCUCGCAACGGCUCACUAGCCUCUCCACCGUCUCAGCGCUGCUCACACUACCCUCACGAGCGACAUCACGAACCCAAACCUUCGCCUUCACAGCCGCAAGCUCGCUGGUAAAGGCUCGGAACACCGACAAGAUGACCACCUCGGCUUACCCACUGCAGCCCUCUGAGCCUGUAGAUAAGGUUCACGGGCCUGCUAAGACGCAGAAGCCCGUCAACGUACAGGCCAACGGUCAAGCUCAAGCUCAGACUCAUGCGUCCUCGUCGCGCGACCACAACAAGACAGCGCCUCUUCUUUCAGCUGACCCUCUCAAGGGCAAGAUCGACAAUGUCAGGAGGAUGCAACUGCUCGCCAGAGACUUCCGUUCCGACACCAUCACUGCGCCCACCGAGUCCAUGAUCCAAGCCAUGGCAGAUGCUUCUCGUGGCGACGACGUGUACGGAGAAGACGAGACCACCAACUCCUUCCAGGCCGAGAUCGCUGCUCUCACCGGCAAGGAGUCCGCCAUCUAUGUUCCUUCUGGCACUCUAUCCAACCAGCUGGCACUGCGAACUCACCUGCAUCAGCCACCUCACACCGUCCUCUGUGACACACGCUCCCACAUUCACCGCUACGAAGCCGGCGGUAUCGCCUUCCACUGCGGUGCCUCCACCGAGAUCGUCGCUCCUUCCAAUGGCCAUCACCUGCGAUGGGACGAAGAUAUCCAGCCCAACCUCAACCUGAGCGACGACGUCCACUUCUCGCCAACCCGCAUCAUCUCGCUCGAGAACACGCUCAACGGCACCAUCUUCCCUCAGGAUGAGAUCAUCAAGAUCUCCACCGAAGCACGCAAGCUGGGCCUUAUCAUGCACCUGGACGGGGCUCGUAUCUGGAAUGUGGCUGCCGAGACUGGCCUGUCGCUCAAGGAGCUCUGUGACCCCUUCGACACGGUUUCGCUCUGUCUCAGCAAGGGUCUCGGUGCUCCCAUCGGCAGUAUCCUCGUUGGACCUUCGCAGUUCAUCAAGAAGGUCCGCCACUUCCGCAAGCUCUACGGUGCUGGUACCCGUCAGGUCGGAUCUCUUGUGGCCGCUGCACGCGUCGGUGUCGUCGAGAACUACCCCAAGCUUCAAGUUACUCACCAGCUAGCUUGCUACGCUGGUCAGGAGCUCGAGAAGCUUGGCGUGCGCCUGACUGCGCCUGUCGAGACGAGCAUGGUCUUCCUCGACACAUUGUCCAUCGGUAUUCCCAUCUCAGAGCUGGUUUCCCGCGCAGCUUCGCUUCCCGAGCCCAUCAAGCUUGGAGGCGGUCGAAUGGUUGUCCACUACCAGAUCGAGAAGCGGGCCGUCGACGACCUGCUCGACCUCAUCCGUCUGAUGAAGAAGGAGAAGGAGGAUGGCACGGGACCAACUGACGCGGGCACUGCAGCCAACGGCAGCGCCGGUCUCUACUCGAGCAGCAUGACUGGCGGUAAAUCGGCCGCCACAGCCAACGCCUCCGCCACCAAUGGCUCACACGUCCGAUCUUCGAGCAUCGAGAACCGCGGCCUUGUCUUCCAGACCAUCGGCACGUCGUCGCGCAAGCCCUCGGACGACAUGCGACACAGCGUCUCCCUCAUCCUCCCCUUCCCCGAUCGCGAGUCCGCCCUGACCCUCCAGCAGGCCAUCAGCGUCGACAAGGAGCUCAAGCCGAAAGAGGUGCGCAAGGAGUUCACCAUCCUCUCCCCCAACUCGGCCUCGACCACCAUCGAGCUUGGCGUCAAGAUCUUUGCGACCACGGUGAGGCAGCUGAGGCUGAGCGUGAAUGCCUUUUUGGAAGACGCAAGUCUGGUCUGUCGCACGAUGGGCGAAUUCGACCCGCUCAAGAGGGAAAUUGGACGCUUGGAGGCCGAGGGCGAGCUCGAGCAGGGGUCUGUGGGUAUUGCUGGUUGA